UCACUCUUGAACACUUUCCGCUAUGUGAACCCAGUAAUGUAAUUCCCGCGACGCGUAAGCUUUUCCGUCCGCCUUCAUUUUCUUGUCCUCUACUCCUCCCUCUGUUUUUCUUACGGCGCAGCUUCGACGAAGGCCGCCGUUGACUCCAGCGAGUCUCCGUCGGCCAAAAGAACAAAACCCAUUUUCUAUGACGACCCACCGCCACCCAACCACCCAAACCACCCCUUUUCCAGCCUUUUCAUUAUAUAAUCAAGACUAAAAUCCCAAAACACAUAACCCACCAUUUGUUCCAACACUAUGCAUAUCCAACACAUCAGUCCCGCGAGCGCCGCCACCGUGAGCGACGCCGUUUCCCUCCCUCCCGCAACCGGGCUCCUCAGCUCCGAGCCCAUCAAGAUAUCGGCUUUCGGACUCCCCGACCAAAACGGCACUUGUGGGAGCGAUUUGUCGGUCGUUUCGGAGCCGCUGAUGACGGUGCCGAGGUGGGAGAGGGUGGGGAGAGUUGUCCCGUCCAUGGACGCGGUGGUGAAGGUGUUCUGCGUCCACACGGAGCCGAAUUUCUCGCUUCCGUGGCAGAGGAAGAAGCAGUACAGCUCCAGCAGUAGUGGGUUUGUGAUUCGGGGCAGGAGGGUUUUGACCAACGCGCAUUCGGUGGAUCACCAUACCCAGGUCAAGCUCAAGAAACGGGGCUCCGAUACCAAGUACUUGGCCACCGUGUUGGCCAUUGGAACCGAAUGCGAUAUCGCGAUGCUUACGGUGAGUGAUGAUGAGUUCUGGGAAGGGAUUUCACCUGUGGAGUUUGGAGAUUUACCAGCACUCCAAGAUUCCGUGACUGUUGUUGGGUACCCGAUUGGGGGCGACACAAUCUCCGUGACAAGCGGAGUUGUGUCGCGAAUGGAGAUACUGCCUUAUGUCCAUGGCUCUACUGAGCUUCUGGGAAUGCAGAUAGAUGCUGCAAUCAACUCUGGAAACUCUGGUGGGCCUGCCUUUAAUGAUAAGGGAGAAUGUGUGGGAAUUGCAUUCCAGUCCCUCAAACACGAAGAUGCGGAAAAUAUAGGCUACGUUAUACCAGUACCAGUUAUUAUGCACUUUAUUCAAGAUUAUGAGAAGAAUGGCGUAUAUACAGGGUUUCCAAUUCUCGGGAUUAAGUGGCAAAAGAUGGAGAAUCCUGAUCUUCGUAUGUCAAUGGGAAUGAGACCUGAUCAAAAGGGUAUCCGAAUUAGAAGGCUAGAACCUACAGCUCUAGAAUCUCAACUGCUAAAGCCAUCUGAUAUUAUUCUUAGUUUUGAUGGGGUUAACAUUGCUAGUGAUGGCACAGUUCCAUUCAGGCAUGGAGAGCGCAUAGGUUUCAGUUACCUUGUCUCUGAAAAAUACAUAGGUGACAAUGCCCUAGUAAAAGUUCUUCGUAACUCAGAGACACUUGAGUUUAGCAUUAAACUAGCAAAACACAAGGAGCUCAUCCCUUCACACAUUGAGGGAAAACCUCCCUCCUAUUAUAUCGUUGCUGGAUUUGUUUUGACAGCUGUAUCCCUUCCAUAUCUGCGUUCUGAGUUUGGAAAUAUAUUUGAUGUUCCAAUUAAACUGUUGGACAAGCAUUUACAUGCAAUGGCGCAGUCUAUUGAUGAACAGCUCGUUGUUGUUUCUCAGGUACUUGUUGCUGACAUUAAUAUUGGAUAUGAGGACAUCGUUAACAAUCAGGUUCUUAGUUUCAAUGAUAUGCCUGUGAAGAAUCUGAAGAGCUUGGCUAUCAUGGUUGAGAAUUGUGAUGAUGAGUACCUAAAGUUUGGCCUUGAAUACAAUCAGAUGGUUGUUCUACAAACAAAAGCUGCCAAGGCAGCGAUGCUGGAUAUCCUCACAACACAUUGCAUAUCAUCAUCCAUGUCUGAUGAUCUUAAGACUAAAGAGAAUGCUUUAGAGGAAGUAAACUCUAUGGCCGAUGACCUUAGAGAUACGAUCUUAGAGAAAAGUUAAGAGCGAAUGCAGAAGAUCACUUCACCUCUAGCUUUUUACACAAAUGAUUUUGAGGAUGCUCUUAUAGGAACCGUGUAUAAAACUUAUCCCGACCAAAUCUCGGAGUAGUGAGAUUACGGGAUGAGUUCUUUACUUUUACUUUUAGUCGGAGAAUAUGCAAUAUUAAGGGUAAAAGGAAACAAUGUCACUUGUACAAUAGCAUAUUUCGGAUUGUAAAAUUAUUUUUAUGAAAUAAAGAUUACAUCAGAAAGUUUCAUACAA